UUUAAACUAAACUAAAAGGAAAAACAACUAAACACGAAACGUACAUUUCAUAAGGAAAAUUCUCCUGGAGAAGGAAAAUGCCAUCAAUAGAACAGCAUCAGCAUUGGCUUCAGCCUCUUUCUGGUCUCAAAAUGUGGGCACAAGAGGCGUGGCUCAGGCUGCAUAAAUCAAAUAUGGACUACACAUGUCUCUUUUGCUGCAGCUUGGCUUUCGUUCUCUAUUUGAAUACACUUAAUGCUGGUUUCGUUUACGAUGACAGACGCGCCAUUCUUUCAAAUGCGGAUGUCUCAGGUGGAGCACCAUGGCAGCGGAGCUUUGUCAAUGAUUUCUGGGGUACACCUUUGACGGACAGUGGUUCCCAUGGUUCCUGGCGUCCAUUGUGUGUGCUUAGCUUUCGCCUCAAUUAUUUGCUGGGCGGUGGUUUUGCCCCUUGGGGAUUUCAUUUGGUUAACAAUCUGUUGCAUUGCAUAGCCACGGGUCUGGUGGUGCGAGUGGCUCGCACUCUAUUGGCCUCGGUGUGGGCUAUUCUGGCAGCCGGAGCCUUAUUCGCAGCCCAUCCCAUACACACCGAAGCGGUGGCUGGUGUUGUGGGUCGAGCUGAUGUAGCAGCGUGUGUGUGCUAUCUUCUGACAUAUCUCAGCUAUUUGAGGCAUAUGCGUUGGCGAGAAUCGGCAGAUCCACGUCAAUGGUUGGCAUUGGGCGCCACCCUAGUUUUGGCCCUGUUGGCCUUGCUCUGCAAAGAGACGGCCAUAACAGCAUUGGUGGUGUGUGGCCUCAUCGAUGUGAUGAGAGGCCUAACAAGUGGACAGUUGGAUAAGCAACGGCUGCGUUCUCUGUUCAUUGUAUUUGGCGUACUUGUGGCUAGUGCAUAUUAUCGUAUGGUUAUUGUACCAGGACCACAAACUGCAUUCUCCAGUGCUGAUAAUCCUAUUGCACGCACUGCUUCCGCCUGGACGCGUUGGUUGACAUUUCUCUAUUUGCCUGUAUUUAAUUUGAAGCUAAUGCUUCAACCGCAGACACUGAGUUUCGACUGGGGUAUGGAUGCGCUGCCACGUGUCACAACAUUAUGGGAUCGUAGGAAUGUGCAAUCCGCGUGCUUCUAUUCUCUUUUGGGAAGCGUGGCGUGGCGCAGUUGUCGUCGCUUGUUAAACCAAGGGGAAACGCAAAACCAGGGAGCAGCAGGAGUGGGUGCUAGUGGAUCGUCUUAUGCCCAAUAUCACAUACAGAAGGUCAGUCGGAAGUCACGCUCAAAGCGUAAGCGACUGACCAACAGCAACAGUAACAAGUACCAUGCCUUUGAGGCCACCUUUAAUCAUCAUCAUCAGCAGCAGCAACAUCAUCAAGAUGCGCUUCCAUUUACCAAAUCGCCGAUUGCCUGCAACGAUUGCAACAAUAACAACAGUAAUUUUGUCUACACGACGUCGUCCGGGUCACCACCAAGCACCCAAACACCACCUCACCUAGUGCCGUCUUCCGUGUUUCGGGGUUCUCGAAGUAGUAGCAGCUGUAGCAACAGCACCUCCAGUUCCAGUUCAAGUUCAACUUCUAGUUCCAGUUCCACGUGCAGUUCCCUACUAUAUAGCACUUCGAGAACUGUCAUUUCACCGUCGUAUAUUUUGGAUGGAAUGUCACCAACGAAACGUCAUUCAUGUAUUUUGCUGAUGUCAUUUGCCUUCUUGGCGUUACCUUUCCUGCCCGCUUCAAAUCUCUUCUUUUAUGUGGGCUUUGUGGUCGCCGAGCGUUUGCUGUACCUGCCCAGUGUGGGUUUCUGCCUACUUGUAGGCUACGGAGUCUCCAAAUUGCUAGCUUGCUCUCAGCUAAGUGGCACAAGGACACGUUGUGCUUUACUCUUAGGCUUUAGUCUGCUCCUUGGAGCGAUGAGCUUAAGAACAAUACGCCGCAAUGCCGAUUGGAGAGACGAGGAGAGUCUGUAUAGGAGUGCAAUUGCCAUUAAUCCGCCAAAGGCGCUGGGCAAUCUGGGCAGCGUGCUAAGCUCGCAAGCCCGCUACGAAGAGGCCAAACAUGUGCUUCAGGAGGCCAUUAAGUAUAGGCCCAAUAUGGCGGAUGUACAUUUCAAUCUGGGCAUUUUACAUCAGAAUCAACAGGACUAUGAGUCAGCCGUAGAGUGCUUUCAGCGUGCCAUACAGUUCCGACCGAACUUGGCGGUGGCCUAUCUAAAUCUGGGCAUAUCAUUCAUUGCCUUGGGCAAAAGGCAAGAGGCCAUUGAAAUUCUACAACUGGGCUCAAAUUUGGACGGUGCUAAGGUCCGCGAUCGUUUGGCCCACGAUCAGGCUCGCAGUUCGGCCUAUCUACAAUUGGGUUCACUAUAUGUAGAGCAGGGCAAACUCCAACGUGCUUUGGCCGUCUAUCGCGAGGCCCUCUCCUCGCUGCCCAUCUACCAACAGCAACGUGAAAUUUUAUAUCAACGCAUUGGCGAUGUCUUUGGCCGCCUACAGCAGUGGGAUGAGGCUGAACUGCAUCAUCGCAAGGCCUUGGAACUGCAGCCCAAUCAAGUGGCAGCCCAUUUAUCCUAUGGCAUAACUUUAGCCAGAAAUAGCAGUCGCGCUUCGGAGGCGGAAAUGUGGUUUAAACGAGCCUUGAAAUUGGCUCCCGAGCAGGCCAGCGUUUACCAUCAUUAUGCCGAGUUUCUGUCACUGCAAUCGCGUCACCACGAGUCCGCUGUCUAUCAUCGACGAGCUGCCGAAUUGGCGCCCAAGGACUAUUCCUUGGUAGUGGCAGCUGCCACCGCAUUGAGGCUGAUUGAACGUAAAGUUGAUGCAGAGUUUUGGUAUAGAAAGGCUGUGGCUUUGCGUCCUGAUGAUGCUCAUGCCCAUACGAAUUUGGGUGCGAUUCUUCAUCUGUUGGGACGGACACAUCAUGCGGCGGCCAGCUACAAAGCAGCUCUGCGACUUCAACCAGGAGAUGCCAUCACGUUAGGCAAUCUAGCCAAAUUGGGUGUCACGAAUGUUUAGCUAACUCUAACCUAAAGAAAGUUAUUUUUAUAAUAAACCGUUAGAUAACUCUACAGAAUUUAUACGAAGGACUUCGAUACAUAUAUUGUAUAUCAACAACUAGAUCAGCCUGUAAAUAAAUAUUAAUCCCAAACCGCACCUUCCCCCCUCAAACCAAAAAAAAACAAACAAAAAAAAACCCAAAAACAAAAAAAUUCA